GGUAAAUGCCGCAACGGUCGUCGGACAACUACGUUUAAUCGUGCGCUCGUUCGUGUCGUUUGGCGGUUUAUAUUUCCGUACGCCGUUUUCGUAUCUUUUUUUGAAUUCUUUCGUCAUCCUUUUGAUAUUAUACAACUAUACUUUUCACAAAGUAUUAUUCCAGUCAAUCAGCUUUGCAACUGCUAUCGUUGCAACUCGUAGGAUCCACCGUCUCUCUUACGUAAUCAAUACAAGCGGACGGGCACCACCCGCGGGACAGCGAUCGCCGCUCAGUACGCGGCACGGCACCACCCGCACCGCCCGCAGAACCGGCGACAACACGACCGGACAGAACAGCACUCGCCGGCGGGUAAAGCACCACGCGCGAUGUGACCGCCAUUCGGUGGGUGGACGGCCACCAUGGACCCGCAGAUGUGGUGGUACGACACGGGAUUUGUACCAGGAGGCGUGCAGUUAGCUGCAGUCGUCGGUAACGGCACGGGCGGCGGCGGUGUGGGUGUCGACGGUGACGGAAGCGUCGGCGGCGGCGGCGGCGGGGGGUGCAGCAAUCAUAGCAGCGGCGGCGGCGUCGGCGCAGUAGCGGCCGGUGCGGUCGGUUGCGCAAUCGGACCGGACAACAAAACGUCGCACGCGGUGGCCGGAAACGGCGGGACGGCCGCUAGCGGCGGCGGCGUAGGCGGGACGGCGGACGACGUGGCCGGUGCCGUGGGCCCGGUGCUCAUCAUCAAGACGGUGGCCAUGUGCUCGAUAAUACUGUGCGCGGUGCUCGGCAACGCGCUGGUGGUGAUCAGCGUGGUGCGGCACCGGAAGCUCCGCAUACUCACCAACUACUACGUCGUGUCGCUGGCGUUCGCCGACUUCCUGGUCGCGCUGUGCGCCAUGUCUUUCAACGCCAGCGUCGAGAUCACCGGCAAGUGGAUGUUCGGGUACGUCAUGUGCGACGUGUGGAACAGCCUGGACGUGUACUUCUCUACCGCGUCCAUACUGCACCUGUGCUGCAUAAGCGUAGACCGGUACUACGCCAUCGUCAGCCCGCUUCAGUACCCGAUCACCAUGACACAGCGCACCGUACUUUACAUGCUUCUCAACGUGUGGACACUGCCGGCGCUUAUAUCGUUCUUGCCGAUAUUCUUUGGAUGGUACACCACCGACGAGCAUCAGGCGUUCCGCCGCAAGAACCCGAUGUCGUGCGUUUUCGUCGUCAACCGGUACUACGCCAUCAUAUCGUCGUCAGUCUCGUUUUGGAUACCCGGCGUCGUCAUGAUCGUCAUGUAUUACAGGAUCUAUAAAGAAGCCGUUCGACAACGACAAGCCCUGUCUCGGACGUCCAGUAAUAUAAUUUUGAACAGCAUACAUCAACACAGGGUUCAACAUUAUAGUCAUAGAUUACGACCUCCGGACAGCGAAAACAUGUCAAAUGGAAACGUUCCUGCGGUGACAAAGACCACGAGUACAAGUUGGAGGACCGAGCACAAAGCUGCUCGCACGCUGGGGAUCAUCAUGGGCGUAUUCCUGUUGUGUUGGUUGCCAUUUUUUCUUUGGUACGUGAUAUCGACGUUAUGCGGCGAUCCAUGUAGCUUCCCAGAAACACUUGUGACUGUGUUGUUUUGGAUCGGUUAUUUCAAUUCAUCACUGAACCCACUGAUAUAUGCCUACUUCAAUAGAGACUUCAGAGAAGCAUUUAAAAAUACGCUACAGUGUGUGUUCCCAUGUUGUCAGUCAUGUUGUCCAAAAGAAAGCGACACAACAGCCAUGAGCUAUGUUUAAUCUGUCGGCAAUAAUAAUAAAUAAUAAUUAUUAUUAAUAUAAUUAUUAUUAUUAUUAUUAUUAUUAUUAUUACUACUAUUAAAGUUAUAAUAAUAUAAAUAAAAGUUACAACAAUAUUAUUACAUUAAGCAUUUUCGUUUCAAUGAGUUACUCUAUAUAAGUUGAACAUUAUUAGAAGAAAACUAUUUGUAUUGUACAAUUUUUAUUGUUCAAUUGUAGGCUAAUGACUUAGCCUUUAAUAUAAAUCAUAAUAAUGUUGUACUAAAAAUAAAUAAAUAUUAAUUGAUAAAUCCAUUAAAAAAAGCCACUGUGAAAAUAAUAACGUACAUCACAAUAUUGUAUUGUACCUAAUAUGAUACUGCGGGUACUUAACUACCAUUUAGAUUACUGUUAUAUAAAUACAUUAUACGUAUCUAACAUACAGUUUAUACUAAACACAAUACAAACCAAUACUUAAUCUUAAAAUUUUUAUUUAUCUUUAUGUGGUUUUUUUUUCAAAGAAAAUUAAUUUUGAUGAAUAUUGUAAUGAGUAAUUUCAAUGAGUAGACUAUAUUAUACAAUUAUAUCAAGUAUAAAAUGUAUAUUUAUA